CUCUCGCAGCUUACACCUCGCUCUAUAAUCACUCUAGAUCCUCUCCAUGAGGUAGUUCACGUCGUUCAAACCUGCAUACACCAUAUCGUCGCUCGCUUUGUUCCUCCCAACCCCCGCCGCUAUAUCCGAAGCUCGAUCGAGCCGUCCGGCUCACCUCCAGCACCAUGGCAGCGAAAGCGUUGGUUCCGUUCCUCGUUGCUAUGAUGCUUCUGACUGGCGUCUGCAAUACGCUGCUCACUAAAUACCAAGACAAUGUAUGCGUACGGAACUGCGACGCGCCCAAGCACAAAGACCGAGAUUACUUCGAACAGCCCGUUAUACAAACCCUACAAAUGUUUAUUGGCGAGAUGGCCUGUUGGAUAGUCGUGGGCGGCUUCACAGCAUACCAGCGCUACGCCUCACGGAAGGCAGGCUAUGAGGCCAUCGGCACCGAACAGGAUGAAGAGCCCGAGUCCCCAGUGCUCGCCAGGGACCAGGAGGAUAGCGAUGACUCCGCUGUUCCUAUUGCAAACCCACUCAAGCCUGCGCACGCCUUCGCGGACGGUCGCGUCCCUCUGACAGGGCGCAAUAUCCUCUUACUAGCACUCCCAGCGUGUUGCGACAUAGCGGGGACGACACUCAUGAAUGUCGGGUUGCUCUUCGUAGCAGCCAGUAUCUACCAGAUGACUCGUGGCGCCCUUGUACUCUUCGUGGGCCUGUUCAGCGUCCUCUUCCUCAAACGAAGGCUCGGUGCAUACAAAUGGUUUGCCCUAUUUAUCGUAGUGGCUGGUGUCGCUGUUGUAGGCCUGGCUGGAGCUCUCGCGAAGGGCGAAAGCGUCCAUGGCGAAUCUCUUUCGCAGCCAGAGCUCCGUGAUGCGAUUAGGCACGGCUUUGAGAUAGUUCGCAGAGCAGCGAGCGAGAUAGCCGCUUCUCCAUCUGCAGGUCACACUGUCCUCGGCGUCUUCUUGAUCGCAGGCGCCCAGAUAUUCACAGCUACGCAAUUCGUGCUCGAGGAGAGUAUCAUGGAACGCUACGCAAUGGAGCCAAUCAAGGUUGUCAGUUGGGAAGGCACUUUUGGUUUUAUUGUUACCGUCAUCGGCAUGAUCGUUCUUCACUUCGCAGUCGGCAUUACAAAGGCAGGAAGUAAUGGGUACUUUGAUGCUCGUGAAGGCCUGUGGGAAAUCACCCAUUUCCGAUCCAUUGCUGUCAGCAGCGUCCUGAUCAUGAUCAGUAUUGGCGGCUUCAACUUCUUCGGCCUUUCUGUUACACGAACAGUCAGUGCCACGUCGCGCUCCACCAUCGACACUUGUCGUACUUUAUUCAUCUGGAUCGUUUCCCUAGGCCUCGGUUGGGAGACAUUCAAGUGGUUGCAAGUAGUCGGCUUCGGGCUCCUUGUCUACGGCACAUUCUUGUUCAACGACAUCGUAAGGCCUCCCCUGAAGCGCUGGGUAGAGCGCAGGCCUGAGGAGCUGCUUCCAGAAACCCCGAUUGAGCACAACUGA